UGUUGAAUUUAUAUAUAUAUAUAUGUAAUACAGCUCCCUCCUCGUAUUCUGAUUUUUUUCAGCUCUCAGUUCUGCCUUUCUUCCGCCAAUUCAGUACCAACACAAAAGUAGUAUUGGGACUACACUAACACUAUACUAUUCAUCAUCAUCAUCAUUAUCAUCAUUCAUCAUUCAUCAUAUGGUAGCAAAAAAGAAUACAGUGUUCCUUCUCGUGAUUUGCAUAAAGAAUUUCAAUUUCAUUUCACCCCCUUCUUCCGCUCUCUCUUUCUCUCUCUUUGCUUUACAGUUUUUCACUUGUAUGCUGGCUCUUUUUACUCCACCUCAUUCAAUUUGCCAUUACAGCGGACCCUCACUUUCUCGUGUCCUUAAGGAGAAAAAGAAGUUGUUGCUCCUGUUUAUAUUUCUUCAAAUUCACUUGUGGGGUUUUUAUCUUUCCUGCUUUUUUGAGCUUUUAUGUUUGCGUUUUGAAUUCUUUGAGGGAGAGAGAGGGAGAGAGAGAGAGUGAGAGAGAGAGAGAGGAGAAAAGGGUCUCUGUUUUUCCUGUGUAAAAAUCCCUGAUCUUGCUGCUUUGAUCCUUGUAUCAGCUGAGGCAUAUGCGGUGGAAUGAAUUUAGUGAAGGAAAUUUGCAUGACUGCAGAUUAAAAUUCUCAGCAUGCUUAAUGAGUCUCCUGCAAUUUUGCUCAUCCUGCCAAUAUAUGGGAUCUCUCAUCUCCUGAGUGCAUUGUCUGAGAUGGGUUAAACAUAUGCUUUUGCCGCUCCAUCCAAUUUCAUUGGAAUAGAUGUCACCGACGAUCAUGGAUCCGUUGCCUGGUGCUCAUGAAAUAGUAGAGUUGACAGAAACAUAUGAUUCUGAAUCUAAGAUUAGUGGAAACACUGGAAAGCAGCAGCAUUUGGUAAAGCCUUUGAAGAAGCAUAGUAUUGAGGAUGACAUUAACAAACUUUUUGAAGCGAUAGAUAUUGGGAGUUCUCGUCGAGGUGUUGGUCAACCAGAUAGGCAUCUUAGAGAUGCUUUACACAAAAGUGCCAUGAAAAGGCCAAUGAGAGUUGGCCCAUCACAAGUUUCUGGUAUUGGAAUUUCAGAAUCUGUGAGUUUGAAACAGGCCCUGAGAGGGUUAUGCAUUUCUCAAGCAUCAGAGAUGGCUGCUGUUAAGAAACGAAUGUCAAGACCAUCAGCUUCACCUGGGAUCUCGGAAUCAGGAGCUAUCAAGAAGUUGUACAGGGCUGUAGUGAUUGAGGCCACUGAAUCUGGUCAACCCCUUGAUGAAGCCAAAAGGAAUUUGGUGGAGAUAUCCUUGGUACCUGAAAGAAGCUCAUCCAAUAUUUUGGACAAGGCGCCUGAAUCUGGACAUGAAUCAAUUGCUGAUGUAUCUGAGAAAAUGGGACAGUCUUCUGUCCUUUCUGUCAGUGCACUGCCACAGAGUGCUAAGGUAACCAAAACAAGAAUUGAGGAUGAAGUCACUCCAUUUUCAACUAAUACUGGCUUUGAACUGCCAGAAGCUGAAUUGGGGCCGAAUAAGACGUUGGAGUUGCCAUAUCCUUCUGUUAGCGCUGCAGUCGACGAGGAACUCCGGGAGUUAGAUGAGAUAGUCCCUGUUCCAGUUGAGAGUUCAAUAGCUGCAAGUGUGCAGCACAAGGAGAUGGCAGAUAAGUUAAGAUGUCCAUCUUUAUCAUCAGACUCUAAUAUGAAGGGUGAGCUGAUAAAAAGUUCAAACGAAGGUUUUGGUUUAGGCCCACACAGUUCAAGAGCCCAAAACUUUGUCAAGAAGAAGAUUGCACCGAAAAGAACUUUUGUCACCAAAAGCCGAAGCCAACAUAACGAAGGAGCUAUAAACAAUCAUGAUCACCACACUAGCAAAGUAGUUCAUCAGACAACCAACUCUGUCCUGGAAAAGGGAUGUGAAGAAUUUGAGAAAGCAUCUCCAGAAUCCAGUAAUACUGCAAACGUUACAGCCAGCUCAACUGCUCUGGAUUCUAAAACAAGUAAGAAUGACCUUGUUCCACAUAUCUUUAACAAAUCAAAGAGCAUCGUGAUAAAAGCUGAUGAAAGAUCGAGGUCAAGGGAAAAGGGGGAGAUAUCUCAAAGCUCAAAAAGUAGCAUUGGGGAAUAUAGCAGUACAACAAGCUACAGUGAAGAAAGCUAUCUCAGUGGGUCUAGUCGUAGUGGAUAUCGGCCUCACAUGUCAAAGGACUUGAGAUGGGAAGCCAUAAGCUCGGUUCAGAAGCAGCAUGGGAGCUUGGGUUUGAAACAAUUCAAGUUGUUGAGAAAGAUAGGUGGUGGAGACAUUGGCACUGUCUACCUCUCUGAGCUGAUUGGCACUAGUUGCCUCUUUGCUGUGAAAGUUAUGGAUAAUGACUUUUUGGCUAGCAGAAAGAAAAUGCAGAGGGCUCAAACUGAAAAGGAGAUACUGGAAAUUCUGGACCACCCUUUUCUCCCUACACUCUAUGCCCAUUUUACAACGAAUAAAUUCUCAUGCCUGGUUAUGGAAUACUGCCCUGGUGGUGAUCUGCAUGUGCUUCGUCAAAAACAGCUGACCAAGAGUUUUCCAGAGAAAGCUGCCAGGUUUUAUGUUGCUGAAGUUCUUCUCGCACUAGAGUACCUUCACAUGCUUGGAGUGGUGUACAGAGACUUGAAACCUGAAAACAUUUUAGUCAGGGAAGAUGGUCACAUCAUGCUUUCGGAUUUUGACUUGUCUCUUAGAUGUGCUGUAAAUCCUAUGCUAGUUAAGUCAUCUUCCCCUGUUGUCGAGCCACCAAAGAAGAUGUCGAGUCCAUGCUCGGAUUCCAGCUGCAUUGAUCCUUUCUGCCUCCAACCGUCAUGGCAACUUUCUUGUUUCACGCCUAGGUUCUUAUCUGCUGCAGCCAAAACACGUAAACUAAAAUCGGAGCUAGCCGCCCAGGUCAUUCCACUGCCGCAGCUUGUAGUGGAGCCCACAAGCGCCCGAUCCAACUCUUUUGUCGGAACACAUGAAUACUUGGCUCCUGAGAUCAUCAAAGGGGAAGGUCAUGGUAGUGCAGUGGAUUGGUGGACCUUUGGAAUUUUUCUAUACGAGCUUUUAUACGGAAAGACACCCUUCAAGGGAUCGAGCAAUGAGGAUACUAUAUCUAAUGUGGUUUCCCAGUGCCUCAAGUUUCCUCAACGUCCCAUGGUUAGUUCUCAUGCUCGGGAUUUAAUCAGACGGCUGUUGAAGAAGGAGCCAGAAAACAGGCUCGGUUCUGCAAAGGGGGCUGCAGAGAUUAAGCAACAUCCAUUCUUUGAGGGCCUUAACUGGGCUUUGAUACGAUGCGAAACGCCUCCAGAGCUGCCCAAGUUCUUUGAUCUGGGAAAUGUUGUCCCUGACACAGUUUCUCAAAGUAAAACAAGUAAGUUUCCCGUAGAACUUGAGCAUAGAGGAGAUGAAGUAGAGUUUGAGAUGUUCUAGCAAAAUCAAAUGUGGAACACAAAUAGAAUAGUUUUUUCUCCUUUUCUUUUUUUGUUUCUUUUUCCUUUCUAACUCAAGAUUCCUCUUUCUUGUAACUGAUAUAUAUAGCCUAUAGUGUAAAUGUGUUUUCAGAAUUGGCAGCACAUAAACAGUGUGAACAUUGUUAAGGAAUAGAAAGCUCUUGAGGCCAUCUUUACUUUGGGUGAUUAGCCAUGAUAUCAUGGAUUGGCUGCUACUCACCCUUUAUUUUUUAUUUACUUCAUUUUUUGUAA